UUUGUCACGAAGUGUUCAUCAGCUUUUAGGAGUUUAAGGAGUUUAUCGUUUCAGAUUUUUGGACUGAAAACCCUGGAGAAAAUGUUUCACAGAUUUCUGAUCUGUUUGAUGAUGUUGCCUCUGACUGGUGUGUUUGGUGAUGAAGUGAAGUCAGUGUCAGUGAUGAAGGGAGAUUCUCUUACUCUACACACUAAUGUUACUGAAAUAAAUAUUGUUGAUCAGUUAGAAUGGACAUUUGGACCUCAAGACUCUCGCAUAGCUUUAAUUGAUAAAGAAAUCAGUGGGACCCUAAUUUAUGGUAACAUUGUUCUUGAUGGAAGAUUCAGAGAUCGAGUGAAGGUGGAUUAUCAAACUGGAGAUCUCAUCAUCACAAACAUCACAGCUCAACACACUGGACUUUAUCAAAUGACAUUUAUCAGCAAGUUGAAGAAAUCAUGCAGAUUCACAAUUACUGUCUAUGGUCCUUUACCCGUUCCUGUCAUUAGCAAGGCCUCUUCACAAUGUUCCUCAUCAUCAGAAAGAUCAUCAGUCUCAAAAUGUGUGUUGUUGUGUUCAGUGUUGAAUGUGAGAGAUGUGAGUCUGUCCUGGUACAAAGGAAACAGUUUAUUGUCCAUCAUCAGUGUUUCUGAUCUCAACAUCAGACUCUCUCUACCUCUGGUGUUUGAAUAUCAGGAUAACAACACAUACAGCUGUGUGGUGAACAAUCCCAUCACAAACCAAACUCAACAUCUCAACAUCACUGAUGUCUGUCAGCCGUGUUCAGACAGUCUUCAAUCUUUGUCUCUGUUUGUGUUUCAGGUGUGUUUAGUGAUGAAGUGA